UAAGUUUUACCUGAUGUAAUUUGCAAAUAUGCGCCCGUGUCUCCUGUUAAAUUACAUUUUAAAAUAUUAACUUCUAUAGAAUAUCCCUCAUCAGUUAUAAUAUCUAAACUAGUAUCAUCAAUUUUUGGGACCCAUGUGUACCCUCCUUCAGUUAUAUUUACUUCUCUGCAAUUUACUAAUAAUAAAAAUAUAAAUGUUAAGAACCUUAUCAACAAGAACAUUCAUAAUUACCUGUUAAAAUAAAAACAAAACAAAGCAAAAUAUAAAUAAAAGUCAUAGUGCACUAAUUAACCUAGCCUUAAAUCAAAAAUAUUUCCGAUAAUAUUUAUAAUUAUCUUGUAGGUAGAUAAUAAAAUUAAAAUAUUAUCAGAUAAAAUUUAAUCCUGAUGAAUUUAAAAUCUAGAUCAAUGUGCAAUGGUUUGUAUACAAUACACAUAACCGUUAACUGGGUUGCCUACAUCUUGAAUCGAGACGUCAACAAACAGAAAUACCAUCUGUCAACAAAUUUGAAUUUGUGAGGUUGUGUUACACAUAAUAUAACUGGAAGGUGGUUAUUUAUUGUUGUAAAUAAUGAAAUUUAGAGCUUUAAUUACCGAACCAGCGGCCAUGAAGGAUUUUAUGAAUAUCUCCGUAAGUCUGGCGAAAUUUUCUAAAGAUUGUGUUAUGAGAAUAACGACACGAAAGGUGUAUUUUAUAAUAUCUGAGGAAGAAAUGGGCCCUAGAAAACCUCUGGUGUGGUGCGAAUUGCCUGUGGGGUUUUAUUUUAAUGAAUAUAAUGUGGUUGGUGUAAGUGAUCAACAUAAUGAGAUAUACUUGGAACUUAGUACAACUUUGCUGUCCAGAUCUUUAUCAAUAUUAAAGCAAGAUUGUAAGUCUUUAAAAAUAAAGUUAACUAAUAAAGAUUCACCCUGUUUGACGUUGGAUAUGGAACUGGUUUCAGGUGAGAUAGCAAGUAGACAGUGUGUUCAUGAUAUACCAGUUGAAGUAAUAGGUAGAAAACAUUGGUCUGAGUAUGAGGAACCAAAAUUUAAUGAUUUUCAUGUGACAAUAGAAAUGCCAAGCUUAAAAUCCAUAAAAAACAUAGUGGAAAGAAUGAAAAACAUGAGCCACUCUAUUAUAGUGAGUGCAAAUAAAAAUGGCAGACUAUCUUUACAAAUUGAAACCAACAUUGUAACAUUAUCAGCUCACUUUCCCAAUUUAAGUGUGGAAAGUUUUACAGCUGGCCACACCAUAACCCAUAACAUAAAUGAUCAUGAAGAUAUAGAAGAACUCGUAUGUUCAACAAUAGAUAUCAAAAAAUUUUUGAUGUUUUUAUCUGGGAUGCAGGUUAAUAAUUGUAGGGCAGUUUGUAGCAUAGUACAUGAAAGAAUGGUUAAAUUACAUAUGGAACAACCAGGCGCAAUGAUACUCCAAAUAUUUUUAACUGAAUUAACAUUGUGAGUUAGUAGUAUUAAGAUUAAAUUAUUUUUAUAUUAUCUAUUGUGUUUAAUUUAAGAGGGUUAAUAAUUUUAUAACUAUCUUAGAAGUUCAUUUAAAGCUAUA